UAUCUGGAAGCUCUGAGAGGAAUCUACUUAUGAGGUCAUUGAGAUUGUCGGUAGAAUUCAGCUCCUUGGGAUCAGUCCAGUCAGUCUGGACUUGCUAUCUCAUAUUGAAAGUCCUGAGGAUUAGGGCAGGAAAUCGUUAGAGUCGUCUUAGAAUUUAGACAACCACAGACCUGCUUGUUAAUGGGAUAACUGAGCAAGUCACUGAGAGGAGCUUCCUAGAGAGACCAGGAAGUGCCCUGGGUCCUCACCAAUUUCAGUUUUUUUCCUGAUUAGUCCGGGGCUUGGGGAUGUCUAGGAUCACCCCAGGACAUCCUUUGGAACCUUACUGUGGGAUUCAGGCUUGGGGUGGUGUAGAGGAUUAAGCUGCAGAACCAUUGAACGUGGAGAAAUUUCUGCAGCAGUUCCCCAGAGAUGUCUCUGGGCCCCUGGGCAGGAGAGAAGGGACUACUUGCAAGUUUACUGGUUAAUAAUUAUUUCCCACCUUUCAGGAAUCUUCUGCAGAAAUAGCGCUGGAAGCUAGAGUGAGGCCUGAGUACUGCCUUGGCCCAGGAUGGCUAGAGAAUUAAGUGAAAGCACAGCCCUGGAUGCCCAGCCUACAGAAGACAAGAUGGAGCUUCUGGUCAUAAAGGUGGAGGAAGAAGAGGCCGGUUUUCCCAGUAGCCCAGAUCUGGGCUCUGAGGGCUCCCGCGAGCGCUUCCGAGGCUUCCGCUACCCGGAGGCUGCAGGUCCCCGCGAGGCGCUGAGCCGGCUCCGAGAGCUCUGCCGACAGUGGCUGCAGCCUGAGAUGCACAGCAAGGAGCAGAUCCUGGAGCUGCUGGUGCUGGAGCAGUUCCUGACCAUCCUGCCUGGGAAACUGCAGAGCUGGGUGCGGGAGCAGCAUCCAGAGAGCGGGGAGGAGGUGGUGGUGCUGUUGGAGUAUUUGGAGAGGCAACUGGAUGAGCCGGCGCCGCAGGUAGAAAGAAUAGUAUCUGAGCGGUGUGGUCUGUUUCCUCCUGAAAUCCAACAUCGGAGUGAGGGGCAUUCCUUUAAGAUCCAGGAGUUCUCCAUCUCUUUUUGUACCGUGAACCUCCUUGGCAGUAAGGUUUCAGGUGUUGACCAGGGGCAAGAACUGCUAUGUUGCAAGAUGGCAUUGUUGACACCAGCCCCAGAGUCACAAACUAGCCAAUUUCAGCUAAUGAAGGCUCUGCUCAAGCAUGAAUCUCUGGGAUGCCAGCCCUUACAAGACAGAGUUCUCCAGGUCCCUGUGCUUGCCCAUGGAGGGUGCUGCAGAGAAGAUACAGUGGUAGCUUCUAGGCUUACUGCAGAGUCCCAGGGGUUGUUGAAAGUGGAAGAUGUGGCCCUGACCGUCACCCCUGAAUGGACACAGCAGGAUUCAUCUCAGGGGAAUCUCUGUAGAGAUGAAAAGCAGGAGAACCAUGGCAGCCUGGUCUCCCUGGGUGGUGAAAAACAGACUAAGGGCAGGGACUUGCCUCCAGCUGAGAAGCUUCAAGAAAAGGAGCAUGGGAAGAUAUUGUGCCACCUGAGGGAAGACAUUGUCCAGAUUCCUACAUGCGCAGAAGCUGGUGAACAGGAGGGCAGGUUACAAAGAAAGCAGAAAAAUGCCACGGGAGGGAGGCGGCACAUCUGCCAUGAAUGUGGAAAGAGUUUUGCUCAAAGCUCAGGCCUGAGUAAACACAGGAGAAUCCACACUGGUGAGAAACCCUACGAAUGUGAGGAGUGUGGCAAGGCCUUCAUUGGGAGCUCUGCCCUCGUCAUUCAUCAGAGAGUCCACACUGGUGAGAAGCCAUAUGAGUGUGAAGAAUGUGGUAAGGCCUUCAGUCACAGCUCAGACCUUAUCAAGCACCAGAGAACCCACACUGGGGAGAAGCCCUAUGAGUGUGAUGACUGUGGGAAGACCUUCAGCCAGAGCUGCAGCCUCCUUGAACAUCACAGAAUCCACACUGGGGAGAAGCCGUAUCAGUGCAGUAUGUGUGGCAAAGCCUUUAGGCGAAGUUCACAUCUCCUGAGACAUCAGAGGAUCCAUACUGGGGAUAAAAAUGUUCAGGAACCUGAGCAGGGAGAGGCCUGGAAAAGUAGGACGGAAAGCCAGUUGGAAAAUGUUGAAACUCCCAUGUCUUAUAAAUGUAAUGAGUGUGAAAGAAGUUUCACUCAGAAUACAGGCCUCAUUGAACAUCAAAAAAUCCACACUGGUGAGAAACCCUAUCAGUGUAAUGCAUGUGGAAAAGCCUUCACCCGAAUUUCAUACCUUGUUCAACAUCAGAGAAGCCACGUAGGGAGAAACAUCCUAUCACAGUGACCCAUGCUAUACAUGCCAGAGUUGGUGCUCAUUUGUCACUGAUCUGAAGCCACUCCCCCUGGAGUCUCGACUAUAGGAAUUGUGGGCUGGGCUUUAUUUACCACUACACAUUAUCAGGUGUUAGAAAAUAUAGACUGGGUUAGACAAAUUAUCUUCCAAGUUCUAGAAGGUGUUUGGAAUCAAAACAUAUUUGAUAGGAGGCUAUGGGAGAGUUGUCUAGAAUAGGUAAGACCUGAAAUGGUUUGUUCUCUCCCAUUGGAAUUAAAUGGAUGUUUAGACUGGCUACUUGCCCUAAACCAGCACUUUGUGGUGUCUGUUGGGUGGAUGGUUGUGAUUUGGGGGCUGCUUCUCUGACCAUUCCUUUGGACUGUAAUGAAUCCUCCACAGUUGGUCAGAUUCACAAAGUCUUAUAUCCCCCUCUGUGCCUUUUCCACAGGUGCUAAUAAGUGUUUAUUGAAUGUA